AUGGGAUCUAAGAGGAAAGCACUUGAAAUGAUUACAAAUAUAUUUUGUAAAAAAUCGAAAGAAAAUGAGACUUUGGAGACCAAAUGUGAAUCAAAUGAUAGAAUCGAUAAUAAUAUGAAUCCGAAUCAAAGCCUACAGACUCUAACAGCCAUUGAAAGCGAUAACAAAUCGUGUUUUUCUGAGACUUACCCAAAAUCUCCAAUUUCUCCAAGAGUUAAGAAUUUUGACUCCGAUAUGGAAACUCUUAUGCUUUCCCGACACGACAACCCUUAUAUUAUACAACAAAUUGAGAGAUUGUCCACUAAAGACAUGUUGAGCAUAUCGGGUGAUCCGUCACCCGUCCGUUCAAUUCAAAAAAUAUCAUUAAAUAAUUUGGAGUCAAACUCGAUCACUGACAACAACUUUAUGAUGGACUCGGAAACAGCAGAAGCAUUUGAGGACAAUCUUCACGACAAACUGAUCCGAUCUCCUCCGCCACAAUUUCCUAACAAUUUGUCUCAUUUUCUUUUUCCUGGAGUUUCUGCGUCCAGUAUUCACACAAAUAGUGAUUACUCACCUUCUCGUCAAUAUUUAAGUCCUAAUUCAAGAGCCAAUAAUCGUUUACAAAUGAAUUCAUCCAAUAAAUCACAAAACAAUUUAUUAUCGAUUGUAAGCACAUCUCAGAAAGACAGUCAACAUUUAGAGAUAAAUCCUAAUCAUUGCAAUAAAUAUGAAAGACGUGGAUCUGAUAGUUCAUUGCUUCCUAAUAACUGGAAGACUACUUUUUAUACCCAAUCAAUGGCAGUCUCGAGUUCUUCACUUUUAACAUUUCCAUCCCGUUGUCCACCGUUUAAGUCGUCGGCAAACCAUUUGUCAAACGAUUCAAAUAUGAGUUAUAGUGAAUGCCAAACAUCACAAUCAAAUGAUAUUAACAAUGAUAUGGCAAUCGAUGAGAUGGAUAUCUAUCAAGAUUUAGAUGAAAAUAGUAAAAACCACUGCAAUGACUGCUGGACUCUCAUUAGUUCCAGUGAUAGCAGAGAAGCACUUCUUCAAGACAUCAAACAAAUCAAUUAA